AACGAUAAUACCGUUCUUGUUGAGUCAUUGACCUUGAGACUUGAUUUUAGUAUUGGACGCUGACGGACGCGCGCGUUGAAUCAAUAUGGCUCGAUACUUACUUCUAGUUUUAACAACAAUUGUGGUAUUUUUGGUGUACUUUUUAUAUCUAAAAGCCCCCCCACCAUUGCCCAAAUUAGACGUAAACGAAUGGUGGGGUCCAGAGGAUAUAAAAAUGAAACAAGAUCUCAGCAUAAGACCUUUCAAAAUAGAAUUUUCUAAUUCGAUGAUAGAAGACUUAAGAAUGCGUCUAAAAAGACACAGGUCAUCUCCACCAGCAUUGGAAGGUGUCGGUUUUGAAUACGGAUUCAACAGCGGGCAAACAGACAAAUGGCUCAAAUACUGGGGUGAACAGUAUCCGUUUAAAGAAAGAGAACAAUUCCUGAACCAGUUCCCGCAGUUCAAAACUAAUAUACAUGGAUUGGAUAUACACUUCAUUAGGGUAAAACCUGAGGUUCCCAAAGGUACAGAAAUAGUCCAAAUGCUAUUACUGCAUGGCUGGCCGGGCUCAGUACGAGAAUUCUACGAGGCAAUACCGCGGCUUACCUCCGUCAGCAAAGAUAGAGACUUUGCUAUAGAGGUUAUAGCUCCCAGCUUAGUUGGAUUUGGAUUCUCUGACGCAGCUGUCAAGCCGGGGAUGGGCACCGCGCAGAUGGCUGUGGUCAUGAGGAACCUGAUGAAGAGACUGGGCUUUAAUAAGUUCUACAUUCAGGGUGGGGACUGGGGAUCUGUGGUUGGUGGACAUCUGGCUACUCUUUUUCCUGAGGAAGUCCUGGGAUACCAUACCAACCUGCCAUUCUCAACAGCGCCCUCCAGUAUGGUUAUACCUAUAAUAGCAUCUGUCUACCCUUCGUUGGUGUUCAGCCAACAGGAGAUUGAAAGAGUCUAUCCCUUGACUGACUAUUACUCUAUGUUAAUAGAAGAAAUGGGAUAUCUACAUUUACAUGCGACCAAGCCUGAUACUAUAGGCAUAGGCCUAACAGAUUCACCAUCCGGUCUUCUAAUCUACAUCCUACAGAUGUUCUCAACAUGGACAUGUAGAAAAGACGUAUCUUUGCCAGACGGUGGUUUGGAAUUGCAUUUUAGCAAAGAACAGAUUAUAGACAAUAUAAUGUUCUAUUGGGCACCAAAUUCUAUUAGUACAGCGAUUAGGUUAUACGCUGAAUCAUUUAGUAAGAAGCAUUUGGAUACUAAAUUGGAUGAGAUACCUAGCUAUGUACCAACUUGGGUGCUACAAUCAAAGCAUGAACCAUUGUAUCAAUCGCCAUUAGUAACAAGAAUCAAGUUCCCUAACAUAUUGAACGUCACAGUAUUGAAUGAUGGCGGCCAUUUUGUCGCAUUAGAACUGCCGGAAGCUUUCUCUGAUGACGUCAUCCAAGCUAUUGGGAAAUUCAGAAAUUGGAAGGCUCAGAAGACUGAACUUUAAAAUUUAAUAGUUGUUUUU